UGCUUUCACUCCUUCGCAGCCUCAAAUAAAAGCGAGCCAAAAAAAAUUUAUAAGAAAAAUAAAUCCCACAAGAAAUAAUAGUGGCUGAGAUUUCUCCAUUGUCUCGCACAUACUCGUAUUGCUCUCUGGAGUGUCUGGUGGUUUUAGAUUGCUCCAAUCGGCUUCUCUAGUUACCGAUCCACCAUUGCCGGAACUAUGCUUUCUCCGGCGACUUUCGGCUGAAUUGGCUUUCAUGCAUGAUCGGAGUCAAGACCAUUGCCUCGCCAGCUUCUUACGACAUGGAUUUCUCACAAGGUUUUGGCAUCUUCGGGUUCGUUUUGUAGCAUUGCCUUGUCAGGUCCUUUUGAUCACCACCACAACGGCUUUACUUCUUAUAGCUUUUGAUGACGCCAGAAAAGAUGCAAGGUUUUUGUUUUAUCCUUUGUUCGUCAGAGAGGAUUUGAAGCAGCGUAAGCUGCCCAGGUCCGCUAAUGGACACAUAUUCCUCCGGUGAAGAUUUGGUUAUUAAGACAAGAAAGCCAUAUACUAUUACAAAGCAACGAGAGCGAUGGACAGAGGAGGAGCAUAACAGGUUUCUUGAAGCCCUGAAGCUUUAUGGGCGAGCUUGGCAGCGCAUAGAAGAGCAUAUAGGAACAAAGACUGCUGUGCAGAUCAGAAGUCAUGCACAGAAAUUCUUUUCAAAGUUGGAGAAGGAGGCUCUCGUUAAAGGUGUUCCUAUAGGACAAACUCUUGACAUAGAUAUUCCACCUCCACGUCCUAAAAGGAAACCAAGCAAUCCUUAUCCUCGAAAGACCAGUGCAGCUAUUCCCACAUCACAUGUGGGAGUGAAAGAUGUGAAACUUUUGCCAUCAGAGUCUUCUUCACAUUGUAAGCAAGUACUAGAUCUGGAGAAAGAGCCAAUUCCUGAGAGACCUGGUGGAGAAGAAGAUCCUACAAAUGAAAAAGAAAAUCCUACAAAUGAAAAAGAAAAUCAAGAUGAAAAUUGCUCAGAAGUUUUUACCAUGCUUCAAGAAGCUCACUAUUCUUCUAUUUCUUCAGCAAAUAGAAACUCCAUGCCUUCACCUGUGGCACUCAGAAAUGCUUGCACUUUUAGGGAGUUUGUUCCUUCAAGCAAGCAGGCAAAUCAGGAUGAAUCAAAUGGAUCAUAUGUAACUAUUGAACAUCAAGGAAAUCAAAAUUUGGAGAAAGUUAAUGCCAAACAGAGAGCAGUUCAGGAUAAUGCCACAAAUAGAGGAUCGAAGUUUGACAACUCUAAUUCUCCACUGGAGGAGUUGGUCCAGAAUGAGAAAAGAAAUGAUUUAAAUUGUGAGAUGCCAACAGAGGAGCUGCAAACAACUCAGAACUACCCAAGGCAUGUGCCUGUGCAUGUUCUAGAUGGGAGCCUAGGAAAUUGCACUCAAACUCCUUCUGCAGAUAUUUCAUUCCGAGACCCCAUCUUUCAUCCAAUUGGUGAGGUUCCUGGACACCCUACAGUGUUUCCAAAUCCAGCUGCAUCUGCUACUACUGAACAUCAGAGCAAUGUAUCAAGAUCUUCAGUUCAUCAAUCAUUUCCACCAUUUCAUCCUACCUUUACUCCAAUUCGUCAUGAUCAAGAUGAGUACCGAUCAUUUCUCCAAAUGUCCUCUACGUUUUCGAGUCUUAUUGUAUCUACAUUGCUGCAAAACCCUGCAGCACAUGCUGCAGCGAGCUUUGCAGCUACAUUUUGGCCUUAUGCAAAUAUGGAAACUUCAGCAGAUUCUCCUGCAUGCCCCCAUGGUGGAUUUCCUUCUAGACAAAUGAACUCAACUCCAAGUAUGGCAGCAAUUACUGCUGCUACUGUAGCAGCAGCCACUGCAUGGUGGGCAGCCCAUGGACUGCUUCCUUUGUGUGCUCCUCUUCACACUGGAUUUGCCUGUGCUCCUGCAUCCACAAGUGUUCCAUCAAUGGACACUGGUCAAGCUCUUGCAGCCAAGACUGAAAGAGGAGAGAAUUCUCCUAAUCCUCCCUUGCAAGAUCAACUGGACGUAGAACACUCGGAAGCUUUGCAAUCUCAACAUUCAGCUUCUAAAUCUCCCACCCAGUCAUCAACAGAGUCUGAGGAGAGUGGGGCUGCAAAGCCUGAUACCUGUUUAAAAGCUGCUGAUGAUGAGAAGGCCACAGCAGAACCUGAUCUUCAUGAUUCAAAUCCGGUGAAGAGCAGAAAACAGGUGGACCGUUCAUCAUGUGGUUCUAACACAGCUUCCAGCAGUGAAGUAGAGACUGAUGCGUUGGAGAAGCAUGACAAAGGGAAGGAAGAGUUAAAAGAAUCGGAUAAAAAUCAUCCAGCCACUGAGUCCACUAACCGUCGUAUUAGAAGCACCAGCACUCUGAUUGAUUCUUGGAAGGAGGUGUCUGAAGAGGGGAGACUGGCAUUUCAAGCACUAUUCUCAAGAGAGGUAUUACCCCAAAGUUUUUCACCUCCACGUGAUAUCCUGAAUAAAAAAGAGAAUCAAAACAACAGUGCGGAAGGAGAUAAGCAGAAUGUAGAAGAAAAAGGUGGAGAUACGUUGCUAUUGGACCUGAAUAGAAGGAUAUUGCUGUCUCGUUCCAUCCAACAAGAAGUGGAGAAAAAUGCAUCAUCAAGAAGUGACACCAAUGGGGAUGAGGGACUGUUGACAAUAGGGCUUGGACAUGGAAAGCUCAAGACUCGCCGAACAGGAUUCAAACCUUACAAAAGGUGCUCAGUAGAAGCCAAGGAAAACAGGGUGGGAAGUGCCGGCUGCCAAGGCGAGGAGAAAGGCCCGAAGAGGUUGCGCUUGGAAGGGGAAGCUUCAACUUGAUAUUCGAUUUUACAUGCAACCAAAGGAAACCUUGUUGGUUGCAUGUAAUUUCUUAUUUCUCCCCUUCUCUAUCUACUAUCCAUUCAUGUUUCAUUGAGACUUUUGCAGCUCACGAAACUUGUCGUGUAGAUGUGUGUACCAUAUUGUAUGUCUACAUUCGCUCAUUUACUUACUUUGAACCUUUGCAACUGCACUUGAAGACGUCGUUAACAGACUUUAGAUGAGAAACAUUAAAUAUUUAUUGGACCUUAAUUAGGCCAUACUUUCCUUCAAA